UCCUGUCCCUGAGAUUGGCUGGGUGGCAUGCCAGAUGGUGCGUUUCCCUGUGAGACAGUCAGAUAAAGGUGUACGUUAGACUCACGACUGCUCGACGCGUCAGUCAAUCCAAAACGGGCGCGGGAAACCGACUCCAUAUAUGGAUGUUAUGCCAGCAUUGCAGUGAUGAUCAUCGAAAGCUCAAGCGUUACUACUGCCCUAGUGCCCAGUGCCCACAUUAACCUCGUAGUUGCAACAUAAACCAACUAACCAUGAGCCAUCCUCCACUGACUUCUCCUUCGCGAUUUAUAGAAGCAGACGACGAUGCCGACGACGACUUAGACGAGCAAGACAUCCCCGGGUUCUCAGCACCAUCACCAGUCAUAGACAAGGGGAAAUCAAGGGAAACAGAACAAUUAGCAAAGCCCUCGGCAGCUCCCACUCCGAAUCAGAACGUGUCUGGCAACAUUGGUUCCAAUAGUUCGUCUAGCAGUUCCAACAAGCAAACUAUCGGCGGCAUUCGAGUCGAGACUCGUUAUUCUGGAGCAGACACUCUCGAUGAGCCUGUCACUACCACAAUCGCACGCGAUUUGCUUUCGGUAUACUCUAAGUUAGUCCAUGUACUCUACCCUCGUAAGUCCAGUGGACGUGAAGUCCUCAGAGACUGGGAUCUUUGGGGCCCGUUGCUGCUUUGUCUAUGCCUAGGUAUCAUGUUGAGCGUGAAUGCACCCUCCAACCAAUCAUUGGGGGUAUUCACUUCCGUGGUCGUGAUCGUGUCCGUUGGCUCCCUUGUUGUGACCGUCCAGGCUAAGCUUCUUGGUGGCAGAGUGUCCUUCUUCCAAGGACUCUGCGCACUUGGCUACUGCAUAGCGCCAUUAGAUAUCGCUGCACUUAUCUCAUGCUUUGUACGUGUCAUCUGGGUGCGUGCGCCUGUGGCUGUGGCUGCCUGGGCUUGGUGCAUAUGGGCAUCCGUCAACUUCUUGGACGGCACAAAAAUUGAACCACAGCGCAUCUUGCUCGCUGUAUACCCACUCCUACUUUUUUACUUUGUCCUGGCGUGGAUGAUACUUAUCCAAUGAUUGUUUUUUUGUUUCAAAAGAAGUCGCUUCUGUAGUAGCAUGCUUGUACCAAAUUUCUUGGCUCAAUGGCAUGUUACUUGCUACGUAGCAUAUGCCCAGAUGACUUGUUUAUGUUACAAACAGAAACAAGGGACAAUCAGACAUGUCGUAAACAAUGACGUGAAUUAUCUACUCUCGGUCCAACCCGUCCAACGCACAUAGCAGAACACAUCUGUUCCCUCCUCCUAUUUGAAGCAGAAAUUGUCGCUCUCGACUUGC